AUGGCCGCAGCCCAAUCCGUCGGCAUCGACGCAUUCGCACUGAACUGCGCAAGCAUAGACAGCUAUACACCAACCCAGCUAGCCCUAGCUUACGAAGCAGCCGAACAAGUCAACUUCAAAGUAUUCAUCUCCUUCGACUUCGCCUACUGGACCAACGGGGACACCGCAAAGAUCACAGAGUACAUGAAGCAAUAUGCAGGCCACCCAGCACAGAUGCAAUACAAGGGAGCUGCUGUAGUCAGUACAUUUGUCGGAGACAGUUUCAAUUGGGAUCCAGUGAGACAGGGCACACCGCAUCCCAUUUACGCAUUGCCGAAUCUUCAAGAUCCGGCCGAGGCUACUACCGGCCCUGCCAGAAGCGCUGAUGACUAUGGCGAAUCCCACUACAUCGGCCCUUACUCAGCGCAUCACAGCGAUGAUGGAUCAUCCCAAUGGGCUGCCAACAUGCCCCAUGAUGGCUGGCGCAACCUAUUCAAGCCCUAUAUCGCAGCCUAUAAAUCCGGAGCAAAAGCCCCUACCGUGGAAGCGGAUGAAGUCGUUUACUGGUACCGACCUACACCCAAGGGCGUCGUGUGCACGGGUGAUACCCUCUCAGCACCAAUGGGUGCUAACAUGCUCAGUGAUAGUAUCUUUGUCACGACUAUGUUGACUAGUCCGGCUACCUUGACAGUGCAAAGUGGGAAUAAUGCUCCUGUUAGCAUUGAUGUUCCGGCGGGGAUUGUUACCUCGAAUGUGCCUAUGGGGGUUGGUGGGCAGUCUUUCAAGGUGACGAGGAAUAGACAGACUAUUUUGAGUGACCAGGGGGGUUUGGCGGUUAAGGAUAACUGUGUUCAUUAUAACUUCAAUGUUUAUGUCGGGUCGAUUGGGGGCUGA